AUGGAUAAAAGUGGUACUCUUUUUGUAAAGAGAGUCACUAGCCACAACAGGAGACCUGGAGGAAAGCUAAACGCAGAGUGCUGUCGUCAUAGAAAGGAGACAGCCAGUACUGAAGUCACGGUCAGCUUCCCUAUGUCUCCAUCACAUUCCUCAGUACUUGUUACUCUUGUGUCUCUAGAAGAUUCCCCAAUAGGUCAUACUGUGGAUCUUAGCAUCCCCGUCAGCACAAUAACGACGCAGACUACCCACAUGGACUUUCACCUAGUUCAGCGAUUUGGACAGCGCUCAGACACUGCACUCCUGACUCCCAAACAGUCCCAGCAAACUCUCUUCCAAGCCAUCUCCCAGCACCAGCAAGCGGAACCCAAGAUUCGGAGCCUGGAUUCACCCUGUCGGAACACAGAUCACGGACGCCAGCAGUUGAACAAGGAAAGACCUAAAUGUGCUAUGGCGAGUCCUGCAGUAAAACAGAAACUGCUGGAGAAGAUCCUGAACAAGCAGCAGAUUGCACCAGACCGUAACAAUAUGGCCAAUCACAUCAGCCCUGUCAUAGCCUACAGACCUCCCGAGCACAUUAAACAAGAACCCCCUCAGCCUACUGUCCUGACUAACUUAAUACAUCAAGUUGCAGCUGCUUCCGGCAACCAACCUGAGCAUUACCCACUCCGCAAGACAG